AUGACAAAUGCGAAACAUUACCGAGAAGCAUGGGAAAAUCAACCUAUUUUCAAAGGUUGGCUGACUAAAAAUUCAAGUGAGUUGAUUACAGCGGGGCAUGGCGAAGCACGAUGUAAAUUUUGCAAGGCAUCUUUAAGAGCUCAUGCUUCUGAUUUGAAAAAGCAUGCCGGUACCGGAUCUCAUCUAGCUCAAGCAAAAUUGUGGAACAUAAAAAAACAACCCUCUUUGAUAAGUCAUAUUAAUUCCUCGCAACAGAAAGAACUGAAGAUUGCGGAAUUAAAAAUGGUUUUGUACAUAGCUAGUCACAGCUCAGUCAAGAGUGUUGAUCACUUGGGCGAGGUUUUAAAAGAACUUGGAAAAGGAAGUCAAUUGGAAAAAUUACGCCUCCACCGGACCAAAGCUUCCAAGCUUAUGUUAAAUGUUGUGGCACCGGCAAUGUUAGAGGAACUUAUCGAUGACAUUGGUGAACAAGAUUACUCUAUAAUCUUGGAUGAGUCAACUGAUGUAUCAACUAUUAAAUACAUGGCAUAUUGUGUUCGCUAUUUCAUGUUUACUGCCACAGCUGAAAGUUUGUUUAAAAACUUUAAAGAGUUUUUGACAAAAGUAGGCCUAAAUAUAAAUAAACUUGUGGCUAUUGGUACAGAUGGAGCUAAUAAUAUUUGUGGUUUUAAACAUAGUUUGUUUACUCUGAUCCGAAAAGAGUAUCCUAAUGUUCAGCUCAUGAAAUGUAGCUGCCAUUCUCUCAGCCUAUGUGCUUCGAAAGCAAGCGACGAGUUGCCAGCAUCGGUUGAAUUUCUGUUACGCGAGUCGAGAAAUUGGUUUUCACGAAGCCCACUACGACAAACUACUUACAAAAACAUGUACGAGAAGUUGAGUAGUGGUAAUAAACCUCCUAAAUUAGUACAGUUAUCAGAUACGCGUUGGUUAGCGUGGACAAACGAAGUUUCAGUUGUUUUGAAGCAAUGGGAUGCCUUAAAAGGUUUUUUUGUACAGUUAGAAGCUUCUCCGACAAACAAGUGUAUUAUCGCUCGAAAUCUUGGCCAGAUGUACCGAGACGAUAGCAAUCUUCUCUAUUUAAUUUUUUUAGAUACUGUUCUAAAAGAAGUAACAGACUUGAACAUAGCUUUUCAAAAAGCAAAUGCUGAUAUUACAAAAUUAUAUUCUGAGCUUAGAAGAUUACUGUUGUCUGUUGCCUGA